AUGGCAGAUACAGAGGCGCCCGAAGCUCUCGGUGAGCCGCAGUCUCGCCAUGUGACCUACUGUGGUGUCUGCACCUUACCCCCAGAGUACUGCGAAUACGGCGGCACGCCCAAGAAGUGUCAGGAAUGGCUCGAGAAGACGCACCCGACGCUGUACGCCCAGAUCUGGUCACCCGAGGCCCUCGAGGCCGCGACGGCUUCCCUAAGUCUCGAGGCUCAGAAGCGCGCCGCCAAGGACGCCCAGAAGAAGGCAGCCCAGGCCGAAAAGGCCGAGCAGAAACAGGCCUCCAAGAUGGCCAACAGCGUCGUCACCAUCAAGCGUGUCGAGCGGAAUAAGCGAAAGUUUGUCACGGCCGUCAUUGGUCUCGAGGCCUUUGGGCUCGAUCUGAAAAAGGUCGCCAAGGAGUUUGGCAAGAAGUUCGCUACUGGCAGUAGUGUCACCAAGGUCCCCAGCGGCGGCGAGGAAAUCGUGGUGCAGGGCGACGUCAGCGACGAGAUUGAAGAGUUCUUGUUGGAGAAGUACAAGGAGAUUCCAGAGGACAAUAUUGAAUUGGUAGAUGACAAGGCCAAGAAGAAGCCUUCAUGA